AUGCAGGGUCUUCACAAGCGGAGGGCGGAACAAGCCACCGGUCACAGUCAGUUACGUCAUGGGCCGCCCCUCCAAAAAAAAGAAGAUGGCAUUUCCCACUCUCUACCCAAUUCAAAGAUGACUUCCACCGUUCUUGUUACUGGAGCCAGUGGCUUCCUUGGCCGUGCUGUCUUCAACACCUUCCAGCACUCAGGUGUGUUGGUCGUUGGGCAGGGAUUCUCACGCGCUGCCCCGCCGACCAUCCUGAAAGCUGAUCUAGAGCAACAUGAUGACAUUAAGAUGCUCUUUGAUGAGGUGAAGCCGCAAAUUGUCAUCCAUUGCGCCGCCAACAAAUCUCCAGACCUCUGUGAGAAGAACCCAGACCAAGCCCGCCGAGUCAACGUCGAUGCCACUCGGGCAUUGGCAGCCCAAUGUCAAUCUGCUGGAGCCUUCCUUAUCUACAUCUCCACCGACUACGUGUUCCCUGGCACCGAAGGGGACGCGCCCUACGAGACAGAUGCCCCGACUAACCCUCCCAACCUAUAUGGCCAAUUGAAGCUGGAUGGUGAGAAGGCUGUCCUGGAGACCAUUGGCAACUCUGGACUGGGUGUGGUGCUGCGCGUGCCCGUGCUGUACGGCAACGCCAAGGAGAACUCCGAGAGCGCCGUGAACACCCUCGUCGACGCCGUCAAGAAGUCCACCCAGGAAGGUGCCGGCGUGAACAUGGAUGACUGGGCUCAGCGCUACCCCACCAACACGGAGGACGUGGCACGAGUCUGCCGUGACAUUGUCAUCAAGUACCUGCGCGAGAAGGAGAAGCGUAAGGAACUGCCUCGCGUCUUGCAAUUCUCGUCCGAGGACCGCAUGACCAAGUAUGAGAUUUGCCAGAAGCUGGCUCAGGUGCUGGGCGUGUCGACUCCUGGAAUGAUUGUCAAUAAGCAGGGCAACGAUCCCAAUGCGGGUGUUGUGCGGCCUUAUGAUACCCACCUCUCGACCAAGGCAUUGACCGAGCUGGGGAUCGACGUGCGCACCAUGGACUUCAUUGCGUGGUGGUAA